GAUACUAAGCAUCGCUGUGCAUAUUGAUAUUUGGAAAGGUGUAAACUUGAUGGAAAAUAAAAGGAAUUUACGUGUGACUUCUCCAAUGCCACAACAAAACUCCCAUGAAGCAAACCAGAAUGGAGCUUCCCGUCCUGCAGAUAAACCCAGACAUGUUCGUACGCGGUCAUCUGCAUCACUCUCGCCGCUGCUUCCCAAAGCUCUCUCCGCCGUCCUCCACGCCAGGCAAGUCCACGUCCUCCCCCGCCUGAACCUCGACUCCGAGCCUGGACCCAUCAGAGGGCCGGCAGAACACUCGUCACCCAAACUGGAGCAGCUGCAGUCGGAGCUGGGAGAAUUGAGGGAGCAGUUUGAACAGAUGAAAACUCAACACAACAAAGAAAUUAAACUUCUGAUGAGUGAGCUGGAUGAAGAGAAGAGAAUUCGUUUGACCUUACAGAUGGAGCUACAACAUAUGAAGAAGCACAUGUCAAAAUGACAAUAGUUCUAAAAUAGUUAUUUACUUGUAGUUUGUUGUAGUGUGUAACUAAACUGCACCAUGCGGAAAGCUGUUGAGCAUUCAUGUAUAAAUAGCUAUAAAUAACUAAAAUACCAAGAACAGCUGUCAGCAUGGUUUAUUACAGUACAACAAUACUGCAAACUACUUAAAAAAAAAAAAAUAUAUAUAUACCUUCAUGAUAAUGCUGAUCAAUUACUAUGGAGGCAACAUUUUGAUUAUAAUUUUGUAUUGGAUGGUGAAGAUGUACCUAAUAUCUGUACGUUUGUGAAAUUACAUUUAGUAGAAAACAUUUGACAUAUAUUUUAAAAUAUAUAAAAUAUCAUUAGUAAUAGUUUCCAAGGAUACGUAAAUGAGCCAAUGUCACUUUAUUUUAUGUUGAGUGUUUUUAUCCUGUUUUUGUUUUCCAAGAAAUGUAUUAUCCACAUGAAAUGUCUUAUUGUGUACUGAUUUGAAACAAGAAGAGCCAGUAGUAAAUAUGCUUAGAUAAGUCAUUUAAAAAAUAUAUACUAUUGUGUAUAUAUAUAUAUAUAUUAUACUGCUCUUGAGUGUAUGAUACUGUAUAUAUUUUGUUUCAAAUAUGAGCAAACAAUGCUGUGAAAUGAGUUGAUUGUUGGUUGGCAUCCAUUAAAGACAACUUAUUGUAAAAUGAAAUAGUUUUUAUUAUUAUUCUAGUACAAUCUCAUCCACACAAAUAAAUAAUAUCUAUAUACAUAUAUAUUUUAUAUAUAUUUAGCUGGUCAGUUAAAAAUACAUGUCUUGUGAAACAGCACUAAAAUGUCAAAAUGUUGCAGAUGAGGCAGUGAUUAUGUUUACGUUCACGUUACAAAAACAAUA